AUGUCUCAGCUGUUCUACCGGCGGACAGACAGCUCUUCGUACCGGGACCGUAUCCCUCUGCGGAUCGUCCGGUCUGAGUCGGAGCUGUCUUCCCUGGAGAAGGCCUAUCUGGGAACCGUGGAGAAGGGAGACUACGGCAGUGUCAAACAGGCCCUGGAGGAGGCUGAGAUCUACUUCAAGAUCAACAUUAACUGUAUAGACCCGUUGGGCCGCACAGCUCUGCUGAUCGCCAUAGAGAACGAGAACCUGGAGAUCAUAGAACUACUGCUGAGCUUUAACGUGUAUGUUGGUGAUGCUCUGCUGCACGCCAUCCGCAAAGAGGUGGUGGGGGCUGUGGAACUGCUGCUCAAUCACAAGAAAUCCAGCGGAGGCAUGCAGGUUCCUCCGAUCCUAUUGGACAAGCAGUUCUCUGACUUCACUCCUGACAUCACACCCAUCAUUCUGGCAGCUCACACCAACAACUAUGAGAUCAUCAAAUUACUGGUGCAGAAAGGAGUGGCUGUUCCACAACCACACGAGGUGCGUUGUAACUGUGUGGAGUGUGUGUCCAGCUCGGAUGUGGACAGCCUUCGCCACUCCCGAUCCCGUCUCAACAUCUACCGAGCCCUGUCCAGCCCCUCCCUCAUCGCCCUUUCCAGUGAAGACCCCUUCCUCACAGCAUUCAGACUGAGCUGGGAACUAGAGGAACUCAGUAAGGUGGAGAAUGAGUUUAAGUCGGAGUAUGAGGAGUUAUCCCAACAGUGUAAGCAGUUUGCUAAAGACCUUCUGGAUCAGACCAGGAGCUCCAGAGAGCUGGAGAUGAUCCUGAACUACAGAGACGACCUCAACCUACUGGAGGAGGAGGCAAACAACGACCUGGCUAGACUCAAACUGGCUAUUAAAUACCACCAGAAAGAGUUUGUAGCACAGCCCAACUGUCAGCAGUUGCUGGCGUCUCGCUGGUACGACGAGUUCCCAGGCUGGAGACGUCGUCACUGGGGAGGGAAGUUCCUCACCUGUGUCUUCAUCAGCCUCCUCUUCCCUGUCUUCUCCCUCUGCUACCUCAUAGCCCCAAAGAGCCGCUAUGGACGUUUCAUCAGGCAAGUAGACUACCCGUUAGUGACUGGAGGGUUGCUGGUUAGAGAGGUGGGCUGGCAAGAGGAGUGUUUGAAUCCCGAGGUCUGA